GUUUGUCGCAAAAAGGACAAAGUCGUGAUAAUGACAUAAAUUCUAAUGGGGAAGUCUGACUUUUGUUGGCUAAGUUUCCCUAUUCUAAAACUGACCGGCAACUUUCGCAGGUGCCCUCUUUCAAAAAGAAGUUUGAUAAUUGCGUCUGUCUGUGUAAUCUAUCUGCUUUUUGUGUUUUCACAAGUUGGAUACUCGCAACUGCACCGGAGCCGAAGGAUUGAUGAGAAGUACCGGCACACCCGUGGAUUGUAUAAUUUGGAGAUCAACGAUGGCCAGCCACACUCUCCAGACUUGCAGAACGAUUCGAGCUUCAUAGUCCCGACUCGCUACAACGUGGUGUACAUAACCUUAAAAACUAAGCGUCGAAAACCAGCACAUAUAAGAGGUACAGUCCGACCCAAAGUGAGGAGAAAAGGGAGAAAAAAUAAGUCUUCCAAUCUGUCUUUUACCCAGGACAAACUUCGCACUUUGGAGGGGGAUGCGUUACAAAUUAAGCGCAACUUUGCACCCAUACCUUCACGGAAGGAAGCCAUGGAUGUUGACUAUAAAUCACUGGAUAUAAGCCAUAAAAUUUAUAAACAUAAAGAAGCAGACUCUCAGAUUAGUUCAAUUCGAAUAUACAGUCAAAGGCCGCCACCAUGGUUCAGCGCACAGGAUAUGAAAACCAUGCGCUUUCUUGCGGAUGCCAAAGUUUUGCGCAUGAAAGAAGUCUCUCAUGGAUACGCUCUUUCGCUUCUGAUAUUUGAGGGUGAGACAAACGUUCAACAGGCGAACCAACAGCACGCAAAAACGAGCACUGUAUGCGGAGGGCAAUGUGGAGUCAUCCACAGCCCGGUGGAUACCACAGAGGUUUUUGCUUUUCAUUUGGACAGAGUGCUGGGGCUUAAUAGGACGUUGCCAGCUGUAAGCAGAAAGUUUCGCUUUUUAUACGAUGGGCAGUCCUGUCCAGUUGUGUCAUGGGAUGCAUCUCUAUACCCAGCAGGCCUUGCUGCAGGUUUGACCAGUUUGAAGUUAACAUGGGGGGAGUACCAGAACUCCCUUAAACAGAGAUGUUGGCAACAAAACAUCAGCCCAAAGUCUGAUUCUGGCUGCUCUGCAAUUCAUCACUAUGAAUGGAGCAAACUUGCUCUGUUUGACUUUUUGUUACAGAUUAACAACCGCCUGGACCAGGGUUGCUGUGGGUUCAGGCCUCGGCAGCAGGAUGUGUGCAUUGAACUGGGUUACCAUGCUAAAUGUCAAGAUGCUAACCACAUACAGCUAGAAAACAUCAUCUACAGGAGCCACAACCCCAGACACCUGGUCUUCACCAACAACAAGGGAUUCUUUGACCGUAAUGAGGACAACUUGGACUUCAGGCUGUUGGCGGGAAUCAAAGAGUUUCCAGAGCAAGCUGUGUCUGUGCUGAAAACCAGAAAACUGAGGGAAAAACUUCUCCAAUCUCUGUUCCUUGACGAGACAUACUGGGAAAGCCAAGGGGGUCGUCAGGGCAUUGACAAGCUAAUUGAUGUUAUCGAGAGGCGAGCAAAGGUCCUCCUCACCUACAUCAAUGCCCAUGGGAUUAAAGUGAUAUCAAUGAAUGUGUGAUGAAGAUAAAUCUUUCAUAAAUCUUUUAAAUCUUUUAGAAGACAUUGGGGCUUUAUGCUCGAACAUUUUAUAGGUUGGUUGGGAUAAGAAUAAUAGCAGAUGUGUGAUAUUUUUUAAAUUUAUAUCACAAUAGCUUGGUCAUAGUUCCAAUGAGGGACUUGCUAACGCUUCUUUGAGUAGCUGGAAGCUCAAUUAGGGUCACACAACCCACACUGCACUGAUAACAAUGACUUUAAUGAGUUGGGGUUUUUUUAAACUUUGUGUACCUUGAAUACAAUCUUAUUUUGUUUUUUGUUAGGUUUUUUUUUUAAAAAAAAACCUAUCUUUAUUAUUAUUAUUUCUUUUACAAAAGUUAAGAAGCUUUGCCUUGCCUAUAAUUUCCAGUUAUUUAGGCACUUAUAGUCACAAUUAGAGCAUGGACACAGUGACUAUAAAUUAUCAAGUGAAAAUUAGAAGUCAUAAAAUGAUAAUGAUGAUGAAAAAAGUUUUUACAGGAUUCCAUGCACUCCUGUGAAAAACCAAGUACACCCUAUAGUUCACCUUGUAGAAAGUUGCAGCAAAAAUCUUGGACUAAUGCUUUCUGAUAUAUACGACAUUAAUUCCAGAAAAGUUGGAAACUCUUUAAAUGUAAAUAAAAAAGAAUGCAAUAAGUUUUAGAUCUACAAAACAAAACAGAUUUUAUUCACAAUAGAACAUCGAACGCAUCGAAACUGGUGAAAUGUCUGAACUGCAGGGAGGCCAGUUCAGGUCCCAGUCUCUUCUAAUACAAAACCAUUCUGUUGUAAUAUAUGCAUUAUGCAGUUUAGCUUAUACAUUCAAGGCCUUCUAUGCAAAAAUGGGUCCCCUGAAUGGGAACAUUUGUCCAACUAUAUGUCUUUUAUCACUGAUAGUGCCUUUUCAGAUGUGCAAGCUGCCAGUUCUACAGACAGUGAUCAGGGCCACUCAGUGAUUUCAGGUUGCAUCCAAAAUCCUGUAGAUCAGCAGUCCAUAACUUUUUUGCGCCACGAACCAUUUUAUGUCUGACAAUAUUUUCACGGACCGGCCUGUAAGGUGACGCCGAUAAAUACAACAAAAAAACAGCACCAGU